AUGUCUAUCGACUUUCCAAAGGAAGAGGAGGCCAUCCUCAAACGAUGGAAGGAGAUCGGAGCAUUUGAACGCCAGGUAGAAUUAUCCCGGGGCAAAAAAGAAUACACCUUCUAUGAUGGCCCGCCAUUUGCGACCGGAUUACCCCACUACGGGCAUUUGCUUGCUUCCACCAUAAAGGACAUCAUUCCUCGAUACUGGUCUAUGAAGGGCUAUCAUGUCGAGCGCAGAUUUGGCUGGGAUACGCACGGCGUUCCAAUCGAAUAUGAAAUCGACAAGAUGCUAGGGAUGUCGGGUUCUGAGGCCGUUCAAAAGAUUGGUCUUGCGGCCUACAACGCCGAAUGCAAAGCCAUUGUCAUGAGAUUUUCUACAGAGUGGAGGCAGACUAUCGAUAGACUUGGGCGUUGGAUUGAUUUUGAUAACGAUUAUAAGACGAUGGACACCACUUUUAUGGAGUCAAUCUGGUGGAUAUUGAAACAACUAUUCGAGAAAGGUGCUGUAUACCGUGGAUAUAGAGUCAUGCCCUACUCGACCGCACUUAACACUCCAUUGAGUAAUUUCGAGGCCCAGCAAAACUAUAAAGACGUCCAAGAUCCCGCCGUUGUCGUUUCUUUCCCUCUGCUCGACGAUCCUCAGACAUGUCUGCUUGCUUGGACGACCACACCCUGGACUCUUCCAUCCCAUACAGGCCUCGCGGUGCAUCCCGACUUCGAAUAUAUCAGGAUUCACGAUGAGGCGUCUGGGAAGAACUAUUAUCUUUUGGAAGCGUUACUGGGAACCCUGUACAAAAACCCUAAGAAGGCAAAGUUCAAGAUACUCGAACAUAGUGGUGUCGGAAUCGUUCACCAAGCUCCAGCAUUUGGUGAGGAAGAUUAUAAUGUUGCAAUGAAGGCUGGUGUCAUCAGCGGGGACAGACUGCCUCCAAAUCCUGUCGAUGAAAGGGGCAAAUUCACUAAGGAGGUCAGAGAUUUUGCUGGAAUGCAUGUUAAAGAGGCUGACAAGGCCAUUAUCAAACAUUUAAAGGGCACAGGCCGUUUAGUUGUGGAUAGCCAGAUCACCCAUAGCUAUCCUUUCUGUUGGAGGUCUGAUACCCCUUUGAUUUAUAGGGCGGUGCCUUCGUGGUUUGUCAAAGUCACGCCCGUUAUCCCUGCUCUGUUAGAGUCCAUCGAAAAGUCCUACUGGGUUCCCUCUUUUGUCAAGGACAAACGGUUUGCCAGCUGGAUAGUAAAUGCAAGAGACUGGAAUAUUUCUCGAAACCGCUACUGGGGUACUCCUAUUCCGCUGUGGGCUAGUGAAGAUUUUGAAGAAAUCAUUGCAGUUGGAAGCGUGGAGGAACUAAGGGAACUAAGUGGUUACACUGGCGAGUUGACCGACCUUCACCGUGAUAAGAUUGAUCAUAUCACCAUCCCCAGCAAGAAAGGGAAGGGCAUGCUCCGCCGUGUAGAAGAGGUGUUUGACUGCUGGUUUGAAUCCGGAAGCAUGCCAUACGCGUCACAGCAUUAUCCAUUCAAGAACAAGGAGCGUUUUGAAGACAAAUUCCCAGGUGAUUUCAUUGCCGAAGGUCUGGACCAGACUCGUGGAUGGUUCUAUACUCUUGCAGUUCUUGGAGUGCAUCUUUUUGGAAAACUGCCAUUCAAAAACUGUGUUGUUAACGGCAUAGUCCUUGCAGAGGAUGGAAAGAAGAUGUCAAAGCGCCUGAAAAACUAUCCCGACCCUGGCGUCGUUAUGGAUCGUUAUGGCUCAGACCCCCUUCGAUUAUAUCUCAUCAACUCGCCAGUUGUUCGUGCGGAGCCACUAAGGUUCAAAGAAUCAGGUGUCAAGGAGAUCGUCUCCAAGGUUCUUCUUCCAUUGUGGAACAGCUAUAAAUUCUUUGAAGGCCAGGUUGCAUUAUUAAAGAAGGUUGAAAACAUCGAUUACGUCUUUGACCCUGCCGCAGAGGCGACGAAUACCAACGUCAUGGAUCGAUGGAUCUUGGCCAGCUGUCAAAGUUUGCUGAAGUUUGUGAACGAAGAGAUGGCGGGUUACCGACUCUACACGGUAGUUCCAAGAUUACUGGAACUCAUUGAUAACACAACCAACUGGUAUAUUCGGUUCAACCGGAGACGUCUAAAAGGUGAGCUUGGAUUGGAUGAUACCCUGCAUGCUCUCAACACUCUUUUUGAAGUACUUUAUACCUUGGUUCGUGGGCUUGCACCCUUCACGCCUUUCAUCACCGAUACAAUCUACCUUCGCCUCCUACCCCAUAUUCCGGAGCAGCUUCGAGGAGAAGAUAGCAGGUCGGUCCAUUUCCUUCCCUUCCCGGAGGUUCGAGAGGAACUCUUCAACGAGACCAUUGAGAGACAAGUAGGAAGAAUGCAGAGGGUGAUUGAACUCGGCAGAGUUUCUCGUGAGCGCCGAACCAUCGGCUUGAAAUGCCCAUUGAAGUCCCUUGUCGUUAUCCAUAAGGAUCAGGAAUACCUAGAUGACGUGCGUUCACUAGAGUCAUACAUUGUCGAAGAACUUAACAUCCGCGACUUGAUACUCUCAUCCGACGAAGCCAAAUACAAUGUCCAAUACAGCGUUGAUGCUGAUUGGCCCGUUCUUGGCAAGAAGUUGAAGAAGGAUGUGCAGAAAGUGAAGAAAGCCCUACCAUCGCUUUCUAGCGAUGACGUGAAGAAGUACGUAGACACUGGAAAGAUAUUGGUCGACGGAAUUGAGCUGGUCACAGGUGACCUGGUGGUGAAACGAGGAUUAAAGCGAGACGAAGGUUCCUCGCAGCUAGAAACUAACACGGAUGACGAUGUGCUUACCAUUUUGGAUGCAGCCGUAUACCCCGAGCUCGCGGAUGAGGGCAUUGCGCGAGAGAUCGUCAACAGAGUCCAGCGGCUUAGAAAGAAGGCUGGCUUGCAAGUAACAGAUGACGUUGGGAUGGAGUAUCGUGUUCUGUCCGAUCCUGAUUCAAUUGGUAUUGAAGAGGUAUUCGAUAGACAAGCAAAGGCUCUUGAAAAGGCUCUUCGAAGGCCUAUGGAUAAACACGUUAUUACUGAAGUUGAGGGCAAGAUCCCAGAUGCCGAAGAACCAGUGAUCAUGGAGGAGGUUCAAGAAGUUCAAAAGGCGAUGUUUUUGCUCCGGCUAGUUAAGCUAUAA